AAAAAACCCCACUCACCUCUCCGCACCACCAUGUGAAGGUUGGUGUAGUGACAAGAAGAAAGAACUCUCUUUUUCGAAUCUGAGCCUCCAAAAAAAAAAAAGACGGAGCAUUUAACAGAUUUGGUUUCUCAAAAGUCUCAAACUUUUCAUCCAGAUUCACCAAAGUUACUACCUGCAAGAAGAGAGAUUUUAUUUAGUCUCAGACAUCAUUUUGUCAUGUCUUUUGGAGCUUGUUUGAAAGAAUGCAAAAUAGCCCAUCUCUCUCUUCUUCUUGUCUUACAGAUUGUUUCUUCUUCAGGGUGAUCCUAGAAUACAGUGAGAGGUCCUUUGUUGUAUUAGAUCUUGAGUUGUCUUGUUAGGCCUUUUUUUAAUGUCUUAAGAGGAGUUGAACAGAUUCUUCAUCUAGGUGAAAGCUUUUUUUGUGGUCUUUUUUUUGACGAGCUUGAUGGGUAAAGAGAAUGAGUUGGAGACAGCAAACUGUGGAGUCAAUGAUCACGAUUCUCCACCCGUCAAGAACGAGGAACUAGCAGCUGAUAAGGCACGUUACAGUACAGACAGUGACUCUGGUUUACCAACUUGCCGUGUAUGCCAUUCUGUAGAAUCCGACAGAAGAGGAGACACUGCCUUGGGCUUCUUGGGAAUCACUCCUCCCAUUCCAAAACCUCGUGAAAGCAAUGCAGACGAAACAGAAGAUGAUGAUGAUGAUGAUGUCAGCAAACCAACAGAGGCUGAGCAGAAGAAGAGCAAUGAAGUUGAUAUCGAAAUGGGGAUCCAGCAGAAUCAGGAUUCAUUGCUUGAGCUUGGAUGUUCUUGCAAAAACGACCUCGCUUUGGUACACUACGCUUGUGCGCUCAAAUGGUUUCUCAACCAUGGAUCUACAGUAUGUGAAAUCUGUGGGAACUCUGCGGAGAAUAUAAGAAGUGCUGAUUUCAACAAAGUGGUUGUUGCCUUGAGAGAAAGAACAGAAUCAACCAUAGAUGCAGAUGAAGUUGCUGCAGUUAGAAGGCAAAGACUUAGUGAGAUAUCAUCAUGGUUUGGUGGUCCACAUUCCUUGAAUAACAAUCACAACAACAACAACAGUAGCUCUGUUGCAGCUUCUCAGGGUAUGGCAGAACAGCCUUUAGAUGCUGUGAACUUUGGUGUAUUGCCUAUGGAGAAUCGUGCAACUAAAUGGGCUGUGGAAGGUACUGGGAUUCUACUUGCUACAGGUUUACUCACUGUUACUUUGGUCUGGCUCAUUGCUCCUCGUGUUGGAAAGAGAACUGCUAGGAGUGGACUUCAUAUACUUCUUGGUGGUCUUUGUGCUUUAGCAAUAGUCAUCUUCUUCAGAUUUGUGGUGUUGACUAGAAUCAAGUAUGGUCCAGCACGGUACUGGGCAAUCUUAUUCAUCUUCUGGUUUCUUGUGUUUGGUAUAUGGGCUUCUCGUUCUUCUCAUGGUGACUCUUGA